AUGGACCACUUCCAAACGCCAGAGUGGCUCCCGUCCUUCCUCGUUCCCUUUGUUUCACUCUCACACCCAACCGACGCUCCGACGAUUACCGACUCGUUCCACGACAACGCGUACUACAACACCGGUAUCCUAGAUGGCUGCCUCAUCAUAUCAUGCAUCGCCAUAAUGGCUAUAUUACGCGACGCGACGCGUAUAUACAUAUUGGAACCCUUCGCCCGAUGGGUUCUCAUUCGCGACUGGAGACGGCGGGCCCAGAAGAACAAGUCCGUGACAAACGGCACCGCUAACGGUGCUAAUGGCUCUUUGUCAAAAAUCCACAACGGCAACGCGAAUGGGCAUUCAAAAACUGCCAACGGCAAUGGUGUACAUGCACCAUCGCGUCCUUCACCCAAGGAAACGCGUCAGAUUAACAGGAGCGUCGUCAGGUUUGCGGAGCAAGGCUGGUCCACGAUAUACUAUACGCUGCAAGCCUGUUUUGGAAUCUAUGUCCAUAUCAACCUGCCGACAGCCACAUGGCAAACAAAAUACCUCUGGGCUGAAUACCCCCAUGUGCCUCUUGCCGGCACUGUGAAGCUUUACUACCUCACCCAGACCGCAUUUUACUCGCAUCAGAUUCUUAUUCUCAACGCUGAAGCGCACCGGAAAGACCACGUUCAAAUGAUGACCCACCAUAUUAUUACCGUUAUUCUGAUGGUGGCUAGCUACUUCUCCAACUUCACCCGCGUCGGAUGCCUGAUCAUGGUCCUUAUGGAUUGGUGUGACAUCUGGCUUCCGCUUGCGAAAAUGCUACGUUACAUCAGACUGUUCACGCUCUGCGACAUCACCUUUAUCUUUUUCCUCUUCUCGUGGUUUAUCACGCGCCAUUACCUCUUUAUUCGCGUUAUCCUCUCCGCUUACUACGAAGCUCCUGGCCUGAUUCGUGGUGACUGGAAUCCUCUGAUUGGUCAUUACUACUCGCCGCCGACGCACCAGGUGUUCGUGCUCUUUCUCGUAUCGCUUCAGGUCAUUCAAGUGCUUUGGACUUGGAUGAUCUCUCGAGUGGCGUGGGGUGUCAUCACAGGCAAAAAUGCAGAGGACAGUCGAAGCGAUGACGAGGGCAGGUGA